AUGUCGUCGGUACGACGGCACACUGGCCAAGUUUUACAUGAAGCCGAAGUCUUUUGCCACAAGCUGCCGUCUUAUGUCAGUUUGCAAGAGGGCGCGCUGCUCGAGUUUUUGGCAGUAGCCAUGCAUUUCUGCCGUCUGGCGAAGGUCUAUCCUGGCAACAGCGUCGUAGUCUUCGGCGUUGUUCCCGUAGGACUCUUUGGCCUGCAAAGCAGCAAGCUACGUAUUCGGAGCCACGACGUGAUGAAGACGACUGUAUUUUUGCAGACUGAUGUAAAGUUCUUAAUCGGCGAAAGGCUGAAGAUGACUGGUAACUUCCGUUUCUUGGCGGGCGAUAACCAGCUUGCGCUGGACAUGUCGCUCGUGCGUCGCAACGGCUGGCUCAUUGCGUCGCCAAAUCGGUGUCUAGAUAGGCCCAGGAACUGA